CUCACUUGAAGCAGCAUCAACAUGAUCACUCUCUACGACAUCCCCACGACCACCGCGAUCAAAGCCACCUCCGGCAACGUCUGGAAGGCUCGCUUCAGCCUCAACUAUAAAGGGCUCCCAUUCAAGACAGAAUGGAUCGAAAUACCCGACAUCGAAUCUGCCGUCUACCGCAAACACAACCUCUCCGCUCCAACCACGCGUCCAGAUGGAAGCCCUAAAUACACACUCCCCGUCAUCUACGACUCGUCCACCGACAAAGCCAUCGCCGAUUCGUUCGAGAUUGCCAAGUACCUUGACGCGACGUAUCCAGAUACACCCAAGGUGUUCCCUGACACCAAGGACGGCGCUGAGGCGGGAUGGAACAAGCAGGAAGUCAUGAUCAACACCAUUAUGGGCCACAUCUUUCCGAUCUUCCCGUACUACUGCAGAGAGUUGUUGGAGAAGGCUAACCCUCCCACUCGCGAAUACCUCAACGUCGUCGUCGCCAAGGACCUUGCGGCCUUCCUCAAGGUCCAAAAGAUCGAUGAGUUGAACUACACCCCGGAGCAGAAUGCGGAGGGUGUAGAGAAGUUGAAGGAGGCGUUGGGUCAUCUCGACGAGAAGUUUGGCGGGAAGGGAGAGUUUGGAUGGUUCUUGGGGGAUAAGAUCUCUUUCGCGGAUUUCGAACUCGGAGGUCUUUUGCUUGCUAUGAAGAAUGUCUGGCCUGGAGCGGAGGUGUGGGAUACGCAAAUCUCCAAGUGGCACGGCGGGAAGUGGGCCAAUUUUGUUAGCAAAUUGGAACCGUACACGACUGUCAAUUAGUUUAUUUGUAGAGAUCCUUUGACAUAUGUACAGUGCGUUUUAUA